CCCGGGCCCCGACACACAUGAGAUUCUUCAGGCUCACUUUCAAGUGCUUCGUGGACUGCUUCUGACUGCGCUGCCUGCGUCCUGCACCCCGCCCGCCCGCCGCCCCGUCCCCCGGCCCGGCCGCCCAAGGCCCCGGGCGGGCCUGCUCCUCCGGCCCUCCCCCCGGCGCCGCCGCGACCCCUGCCCGGCGCAGCGACCCCUGCCUGGCGCCGCGACCUUCUGCCCGGCCGCGCGGCCCGCCGGGGCCAUGGCGAAGAAGAGCGCGGAGAACGGCAUUUACAGCGUGUCCGGUGAUGAGAAGAAGGGCCCGCUUAUCGCUCCCGGGCCCGACGGGGCCCCGGCCAAGAGCGAUGGCCCCACGAGUCUGGGGGCACCAGGCGGCCGCCUGGCCGUGCCGCCUCGCGAGACCUGGACGCGCCAGAUGGACUUCAUCAUGUCGUGCGUGGGCUUCGCCGUGGGCCUGGGCAACGUGUGGCGCUUCCCCUACCUGUGCUACAAGAACGGCGGAGGUGUGUUCCUUAUUCCCUACGUCCUGAUCGCCCUGGUCGGAGGAAUCCCCAUUUUCUUCUUGGAGAUCUCACUGGGGCAGUUCAUGAAGGCCGGCAGCAUCAAUGUUUGGAACAUCUGUCCCCUAUUCAAAGGCCUGGGCUAUGCCUCCAUGGUGAUCGUCUUCUACUGCAACACCUACUACAUCAUGGUGCUGGCCUGGGGCUUCUAUUACCUGGUAAAGUCCUUCACCACCACGCUGCCCUGGGCCACAUGUGGCCACACCUGGAACACUCCUGACUGUGUGGAGAUCUUCCGCCAUGAAGACUGUGCCAAUGCCAGCCUGGCUAACCUCACAUGUGACCAGCUUGCUGACCGUCGAUCCCCUGUCAUCGAAUUCUGGGAGAACAAAGUCUUGCGGCUGUCUGGGGGGCUGGAGGUGCCAGGGGCCCUCAACUGGGAGGUGACUCUGUGUCUGCUGGCCUGCUGGGUGCUGGUCUACUUCUGUGUCUGGAAAGGGGUCAAGUCCACAGGAAAGAUCGUGUACUUCACUGCUACAUUCCCCUACGUGGUCCUGGUGGUGCUGCUGGUGCGUGGGGUGCUGCUACCCGGGGCCUUGGACGGCAUCAUCUACUAUCUCAAGCCUGACUGGUCGAAGCUGGGAUCCCCUCAGGUAUGGAUAGAUGCUGGGACCCAGAUUUUCUUUUCUUAUGCCAUUGGCCUGGGGGCCCUCACAGCCCUGGGCAGCUACAAUCGUUUCAACAACAACUGCUACAAGGACGCCAUCAUCCUUGCUCUUAUCAACAGCGGGACCAGCUUCUUCGCUGGCUUCGUGGUCUUCUCUAUCUUGGGCUUCAUGGCCACAGAGCAGGGCGUGCACAUCUCCAAGGUGGCAGAAUCAGGGCCUGGCCUGGCCUUCAUCGCCUAUCCCCGGGCUGUCACGCUGAUGCCUGUGGCCCCACUCUGGGCUGCCCUAUUCUUCUUCAUGUUGUUGCUGCUCGGUCUUGACAGCCAGUUUGUAGGUGUGGAGGGCUUCAUCACUGGCCUCCUCGACCUGCUCCCGGCCUCCUACUACUUCCGUUUCCAAAGGGAGAUCUCCGUGGCCCUCUGCUGCACCCUCUGCUUUGUCAUCGACCUCUCCAUGGUGACCGAUGGUGGGAUGUACGUCUUCCAGCUAUUUGACUACUACUCCGCCAGCGGCACCACCCUGCUCUGGCAGGCCUUUUGGGAGUGUGUGGUGGUAGCCUGGGUGUACGGAGCUGACCGAUUCAUGGAUGACAUCGCCUGCAUGAUUGGGCACCGGCCAUGCCCCUGGAUGAAAUGGUGCUGGUCCUUCUUCACCCCGCUGGUCUGCAUGGGCAUCUUCAUCUUCAAUGUCGUGUACUAUGAGCCGCUGGUCUACAACAACACCUAUGUGUACCCAUGGUGGGGCGAGGCCAUGGGCUGGGCCUUUGCACUCUCCUCCAUGCUGUGUGUGCCCCUCCACCUCCUGGGCUGCCUCCUCAAGGCCAAGGGCACCAUUGCUGAGCGCUGGCAGCACCUGACUCAGCCUGUCUGGGGCCUCCACCACUUGGAGUACAGAGCUCAGGAUGUGGAUGUCAGGGGCCUGACCACCCUGACCCCCGUGUCCGAGAGCAGCAAGGUCGUCGUAGUGGAGAGUGUCAUGUGACAGGCAGCCUGGCUCACAUCACCAGCUCACCCUCUGGUAGCCAUAGCAGCCCUGCUUUAGCUCCCUGCCCCCCCCCCCGGGGGCUGGCCUUUCCCUGACACUUUCGGGGUCUGCCUGGGGGAGGAGGGGAGGAAGCACCGAGAGUGCUAACUAAAAUAACUUUUUCCAUUUUUAAUAAAACACCAGAAAUAUCACAAUCCACCAAAAAUAGAUGCCUCUCCCCGCCAGCCCUAGCCAAGUUGGUCCUAGGCCCUCUACCGCCCUGCCCCCAAGGCCAUAACCCAUCUCCUACCCUUGCCAUGCCACCCUGCUGCUUCUCCAGGCUCUGCUCUGAAACACUCCCUUGGGUGGCCCCUCACCCUAGAAGCAGCAGCGGUACCUCGGGAAAUGAGGCAGGAAGGUUAUAAGUGGGGACGAAGGGAAGCAGCAGAACUGAGGUGAAUACUUCAGCUGGGCUAGACCCCUCUCCCAAUCCCUAUUCUAGAAGCUUAGCGAGCCAGCCAGCAAUGGAACCUUCUGGUUCCUGUGCCAAUUGCCACCAAUGUCAACUGUGUAAGCUUGGGUAUGUGUGCACAUGUGAGUGAGUAUGAAGAGUGUACAUAGGUCUCUGUUAGCAAAGGUGAGUACUGGACGUAAUCAGUGCCUCUGGCAAAGGAGGCUUGUAUUUUGCACAUUUUAUAAAAACCUGAGGAGACUGAGACUUCUCCUUGUAUAUUUCUAAAAAGAGAAAAAAGGCCGAACACCCCUGUCCUCAGCACCAUCCCUCUCACCCCCUCACCCUCCGCACCUAGCCAAGGAGUGGGAAUUUGUAGAUUUAAUUUUCAUAGGUGAAACAAAAGCCUCAAGUGUGAAAGUCUGUAGUGUGGAUGUACGUGUGUGGUCCCUGCCCCAGAGUCAGGUGGGGGCCUCAGGGGUCCCCAUGCCCUUUGCCCAUUAUCUGUGCGGUGAGAGUCUGCCAAUUCUGUCCUGGGGAUCUGGGGCCACUCCCCUGGAACACUCAGGCUUACCCACACCCUGCUGCCUGGGCUGGGCAUGAUUGCAGCGAUGGUAGAUGGGCACAACCCAGGGAGAGAACCCAGGCCUGGCUCCCACCUCCAAGCUUAUAAGGCUGAUGCACUUUCCCUGUAGCAGCUUUCACCCACCUAUGUCUAUGUCAGGUCCAGUCCUGAGAGAGCUGAGUGGCCCCAAAACAGCUCCCCCACACCAGGGCAUAGGCUGGGGGGGUAAGGCUGGGUGAGGGCAGUGGGAUUGCAGGGACAUUCUUACUGUGCUAAAAAGCCACUGCAAACAUAGCAAUAAAAACAUGUCAUUUUCCAAA